AUGCAUCAAAUUCUGCUCUUGAUACUUACAUUUUUUGUUAAAAAAUCACUUUCAACGUGGUUAAUUGUUCCUCCGACAUCUCCGACGCGUCAUCAGCUCAUUUGGGGAGUAGGAAUUCCGUUGCCAUUAACGCUUUCUGUGACCACAGGAUACGUUUUUAAAGCUCAAUAUUACGUUGCGGAUCAUGUUUCUGAUUUGUAUCUCAAGGAAGAUACUUGGGCUCAUAUCACAGAUGUUACCGAACCUGAAAGAGGCACGCGACGUAAACGAGAAUUAUUUUUUGACCCGCAGUUGAAUCAAACUUACGAAAGAUACGAUGCCGAAAUCGAUGGAGAAGUUUUUUACGAAAAUCUGGAUUUGAAGGAGGAAUCGGCGAAACAUCAAAGCGUUAUUAAACGUUUAGUUGAACAUCGAGAAAAAUUUUUCGGGCAAUCCGCUGAACAUGGAAUCAAUCGAUGGCACAUUUAUUACGCCAUUGAGGGAAUUUUCGAGCAACGAGGACUUGAUGGGAAAGCGUGUAUGUUGCGGAUGAUUUGUGAGUUUGCUCAAGCUCCCAUCACGUACUACAGCGGCUUACUUGGCGAAAUUGCUUAUAUCGUGUUGACACCAUCGACGAGCGACGAAACGCCCGAGAAAAGACAUCAAUUGACCUAUUUCACUGCAGAACGCCAUGGAAAGGAACAAAAAUCGUGUGAACGACUGUAUCGGGAGUGCGAUGUCUCAGUUCUGAGCUAUUUUACGGAUACUUGA